AUUGUGCACGGGAAGCCGAGGCACUCUCAAUCGCAGGGCUCGGUGGAACGCGCUAGUCAAGGUGUUCAAGAUAUGCUGACUGCAUGGAUGAUGCAGGACCGGUCCACCAAGUGGUCUCAGGGUCUGCGAUUCAUCCAGUGCGCGAAGAACCGUGCCAUUCAUAAGGGCACUCCGGAUCUCCCCCUAUGAGGCGAUGUUCGGGAGCCCAAUGAAAGUGGGCCUUCGCUCCAAGUUCCCAUCUGGAGCAGUGGAUGAUCUGCAGACUGAAGAGGAGCUGCAGGACUUCCUAAGGGUAAUGCACUUUGGCAACGCAGAUUCGCCAAUGACGUGUGGAGAGACCUGCAGCGCGCAUGAAGGAUGCAGCGAGUGCGGCACGGGGCUGCACCCGCACUGUCCGAGGGGUGGAAAGUGUGGCAAUUGCUCACGGGCUGCUGCUGUGCUGGAGGUGAGGUCGACAGCGAGGAAGGAUCUUCAGGAGCAGGCGCAGACCAUGCAGAAGAUUUCGGACGUCAAGCUUCCUCCCGCGUCCGUCGGGGAUACAACCACUGUGUACGUUCCUAAGGCGGACAGAGGUCGAGGGGACCCCAGAAAUGUGGUUGCGGUUGUUCUCGAGGCCACGGAGGACGGUUUCUACAAACUUGGAAACAACGACGGCGUACCUGCUUCCAUGUAUGCUAGAAACCAUUUCGACGUGUUUAAAGAGAAGUUCGUUUCCACCGAGGUGGUCCCAGAGUCUGAGCACACAUUUAGAACCGCGGCUACAAAGGGCUCUAUCCUCGGCGGGCAAGGGUUUCACAAGCAGGCCCGCCCUUCAGCCAAACGGAGUUGCCAGCUCGACUUCGCUGCGCCGACAACUCCGUAA